CUUGUCACAGAAAAAAAUGGCAGCGUCCUGAAAAAUAAAAAUGAGCAGCGCAGCUCAAGUUUUGCGCCAAGCAGAGGCCAUAAAGAGCAAGGUAUGUGAUGUACCUUUUGGUUCAGGGGAAGCCUGGAUUUCCCGCCAGAAUCUACAGGACCUCUAUCAGAAGCUGAUGCUUAUAGAUCUAGAGUAUGCUCUUGAUAAAAAAGCAGAGCAGGAUUUGUGGAAUUAUGCAUUUAAGAACCAGAUCAAUACAUUUCAAGCACAGACCAGAGAUAGACAGAGUUCAAAACGAGGUGCAGUUCAAGCCAGAUUAAACCUUUUCCUCGACAGUGCAAGUGGAUUUUAUCUGCAGCUUUUACAAGAGUUAAGCAGUGCAUUCAGCCUAGAUCUGCCCUUCAGGAGGAAGAGCCCAUGCUUUGGCAUAUUGAAAGAGAGAGCUCCUGUCAAUGGGAAGAUCAAGAUUCCAAAGAAAAGUUCCUGUUUGUAUGUUUGCCAAUACUGUCUCGUACAUUUGGGUGAUAUAGCUCGAUACAGACAAGAAAGUGAACAGGCGGAAACAUAUUACAGGCAUGCAGCGAACCUGGUCCCAUACAAUGGCCAGCCUUAUAAUCAGCUGGCCAUCCUUGAGGCCGCUAAGACACACAAACUUGGCACAGUCUUCUACCAUAUAAGGAGUAUUGGGGUCCGGCACCCCUUCCUUGUGGCUGGCACCAAUUUGGAGAAGUUCUACUCAAAAAUAAUUAAAGAAUCGCUGGAAUUCAAGAAUAGGCUGUCAAUGACGGAUAUAAUCUCUUUUUUCCUACAAUUUCAUGGUCUGGUUCAUUUAGCUACAGGUUUAGAAAGGGCGAAAAAACAUUCAGAGCGCCUUUUGCAGAGUUUAUCUACCCACAUCACAUCCAUGAGUUUCUCUUCAUACCAACUCAUACAGAUUAUGGCAAUAAAUCUAUUCGCCAUGUUCCAUGCAGAGCGCCAACUUGACGGAGAAACGGAUAAACAUGAAAAAUUGAGUCAAGAUGAAGAGAAAUGUCAAGAUUUGUUAUUCACUUUUACUGUUUGUCUCAUGGACACUCUGCUACUGCAUACACCUAAGCAUGACCAGAAAGCAAAGGACUAUCACACUUUACCAGCCAUAAAACUGUUCCUUGACUGGCUUUCUUUGAACAAGAAACACCUUGAGAAAAUAUCACACAAGUCAUCAACAUUCUGGCCGAACUUAGCCAAAGUUCUGAACAGCAUUCAGUACAACAACCAGAAGGAUUCACUGGCUGAAACCCUUCACAAUUAUCUCCAUAGCCCACUUCCAGAGGACCUGGAACUGCAAUGCUUUCUGCCAGUCACUAAAGCACAUAAGGAGUACAAUUUCCAAAGAGUCUCGAAGGAAGAGAUGUCCGCAGAUAUGGAAGUGAGGCUAAGGUGUCAUCGUAUUGUAGAACAUGGCAGAAAAUUAUGUGAAUAUAACCCGAGUUUGAAUAUCAUGAAUGUUACCACAGGCAAAAAUGGGAAGCUGCAAUUUUCAACACCAACUGCUCAAAUACGUCUAUUGCAAGGUACAGAUGGCACUCCAGAGAGGCGCUCUCAGAGACAGAAUGUUGCAAUACAGGCGAUCAUGCAGCACAAGCAAGGUCAAGGUGGGGGACAGAAAACGAUCAGACCAUCCCAACCAGCUCCCAGUAGUCAGGGACCAGAUGUUCCACUUCAACUUGCUCCAAGUCAAACUCCUGGUCUCCUUCAGGGUGUUCGUCAACAUUUUCCUACCCCCAGAGUUCCUCGACCUCAUGACAUAGGUGCUUCUAAUGCACCCCAUAGUGUGAAGUGGGGCCAGCGGCAGAUGUCCCCCACAUCACAGGCGUCACCUAUUGGUCAGAUUCCUAUGCAAGUUGUUGUACAAGCUGGUGGUGGUGGUGGGCCUCAAGCUCAGUCACACCAUCUUCCAAAUCAGGGAGUACCCCAGGGAAAGCAGGGCAGUAAGGGAAUGCCCCAGGGAAAUCACCAAGUUAACCAAGGAAUCCCCCAGGGAAUUCCACAAGGCAACCAAGGAAUGCCCCAGGGAAUCCCACAAAGCAACCAGGGAAUGCCCCAGGGGAACCAGCCACAGUUUGCAAGCCAGGGGUCUCAAGGACGUUUUACAGCCCCAAGUAGUCAGCUGAUGAAUCAACAGCAUCAAUUGAUGUUCAGCAUUACCCCACAACAGUUAUCUGACCAGCAACAACAGCAUGAUGUCAGGAUGCCACAACCUGAUGUCAGGAUGGCACAGCAUGAUGUCAGAAUGCCUAGAGCUCAGGUUGCUAUGGGAGCACAACCUCCAAGCAGAGCUCCCCAGAGAUUCCCCCUUCAGCAGCAGCAGAAUCUCUCCUCCCAGCAAAUACACAAUCUCCAGUCAUCUCUCCAGCAGCUGCAGGGAGGUAGUGGUAAUCCCCAAUCACAACCUAUGGUAUCUAGCACUAACCAACAGCAACAGCUAAGGCCAGGUAACCCUCACACAGGAGGUGGGCAUUCCCAGGGUCUAAGCUUACACUCUCAACAAGCCAUGGGUGAUAAUGUUAACAACAGCGCAAGGAAUAUGCCUGGUUUCCUAGGGAGUCAACAGAUGUCUUUACAGAACCUACAGGUACAGGCUGCCCUACAGUCGGGCAUCCAGCUGUCUAUGGAGCAACUGUCAGAGCCAUCUAUGGGUAGCCAGAGCCAGAUUGGGUUAAGAGCCAUGCAACCUGGAGCUCCUAUUAUCAACAUGCGUUCUGACCCUGGAUGGGGAUUACGAGGUGCCCAGAACCAAGACCUUGGUUUCCCUCCACCUCCUAUGUUGCAUCAUGGGUACUCUGGUGGUCCUCCUAAACCUGACAGUCCACCACGAUUGGAGGAGCUUGCCCAUUCCCGGGACCGCAAUGUAAAUAGUGCCACCUAUAGUCUGUUCAGUCAGUCUCCAUUGUGGGCACCUCAGAUAUCAGCAGGAAAUAAUGAUUCAAGUUCAAAGUCAUCACCAUUGGAGUCUCAAGAAAACAGUCUCCGCUCCACACCAGAUGUUUUGUCUGAUGGUAUACCCCAAGGUGGGUAUAUCGCAUAUGGCCUAGGGGGCCCAGGGGAUGGGCGCUGGGGAGGACAACCCCCUAAUAGAGGACCAGAGGGGGCUGCACCACCCAACAGUGCCGGACAAAGAAAUAUGCAGGGGCUAUGGGCUUCAGGAUUAUCUCCAUUGGAGAAGUUAAUAGAGCAACAGAAACACCAGCGCCAAGACCCCCCACCCCCACCACAUUGAAGGAAAAGACCCCUCCUAAAAAGGAUGAAGAUAUGAAACCAACAUGGUCAAUGAUAACCAUAAAUAUAGAGCAUGAAUUUACUUCGUGGUUGAUGAAUUAACCAUUGGUUAGAGAUAUGGUGUAUGAAUAUGCUAUGAGGUUUGGUUAUGAUAUACCAUGGUCAAUGACUUAAUGCCAGUUAUGGUUUAAAAUGGCUGAAAAUAUACAACAAAACCAAACCAGUCAGCUUUAACAAAUGCUUUGGACAAUGUAAAAUAUAUUAGUGUAAUGGCAUUGCCAACCAAGCAAAAUGGAUUGUAUAUAGUUUAAUCCAUAGCAAUUGCAAACUACAUGUAUAUUCCAAUAUCCAAGGAAGCUAUGCUGAAAAGGGUGUACCUAGCAAGUAUACAUACCUGUGGAUGGCAAUAACAAGUUCAUCUUGAGACCAAGACCUUUUGUAACCAUGGCAUCCCUUUAUCCCUUUCCUAAAUUUAAUUUAAUGAUUUAACACUUCUAAUUUUAAACAGCUUGUAUGACCAUUGUUCACAUUACUGGUGUACAUAUAUACUCAUGGCAGUCAUUGUUCACAUUACUGGUGUACAUAUAUACUCAUGGCAGUCAGUAUUUUCUGUUUCACAGCUUGUUCCCUAAUUCCCAUUAUUUUAGUAAAUACAUCUGAAAGAAUAUGUAAAUUAACAUGUGUCUAUGCUAUUACAUGAAUUGAGAGUUACCUGUUUAUACGCCCUCACUUUAUAGAUGUAGAGAGACUUAACAUUUUGCAAAAUAGUCUGGCAAAGGGUAGAAAAUUGUUUCUCUAGAACCUGAUGAUCUACCCUCUUAGAUAAAACAAUUGAUAUAUUGAUGUGUGCCCAAAAAUGUAAACAGUUAUCAAUGUCGAUGGAGCAAAAUCAACUACAUUUCACUGGCAUGCAUUGAUUUCUUAAAAAAUGAUUGAUAAAUGUUCUGUUGGGGGACGAGGGGAUCAAUCUGAAAUGAAAGUAAUCAUAUUUGGGAACAACACCUAAAUAUUGACCUGGUCCCUUGUAAUGUAUUUACUGGUCCCUUGUAAUGUAUUUACUGUCUCUGAUAAAUACUGCUGUUGCUGUAUACUAGUAACAUUAAUUGGUAAUUGGUUUCAGAUUUAAUUAUUUAAUACUAAUAAUUUAUAAUAUAUAAACUAUUCGAUUGCCAACACUUGAAUUCAUAUAUACGAUAACAUACACAUUCAGUUUUACCAGUUUUUAAUACUGUAUGUUUCAAAUGAAUGAAAUUAUGCAUUAGCCAUGUAAAAUAUAAGGCAAAGUUUAUUUAAUUUAUGGAUUUAUUCUAUGAAGUUAACCACUUGUAGAGAAUAUUUUCAAACACUGCAACUGAUUCGCUGCCAUUGAUCAAAUCUUGGUCAGCCUAUAUUAAUGUAUUAUGGAGCUACAUGUAUAUUAUACUUUACUAUUGGGUCUACAUUUGUUAUUGUUAUUAACAGGUUAAGUUGUCCCACUGGGAUAAUUGUCCCCUUCUAUGUGACAUAACUGGCCAGGAUUGAGUAUAAACUGUAAGGACAUUAUUGUAAUUAGUACUGUAUUCACCUCUGUAUAUAUUGAUGGAGAGGCAUCUAUCCACAAGUCCAAGACUAAGCUCAAAAUAAACAUUGUUUUUUCAUUGGGGUUAUUACAACCACUGAACUAUCAAGGCUGGACCCCCUAAAAUGGUCAUAAUAAGAUAUAGCAAAAAGGAUGAAAUGAAAGCUGUGAUAGAAGUUAAACUCCGUGAUGACAUAUAGUUCUAUGCAAGCAAACCUUGAAGAAGCUUGAAGUUGAAAUGACAGAAUUGCAAUACAAUGAGAAGGAAUGUUAGGAGGCGUGAGGAAUAUUGAUUGAAAAUAGAUAAUGGCAUAAUGAAAAAAGUAUGUCUACUGUGUGAAGUGGUGAUUUAUAAUAAAAAAUAGCAGAAAAUUUAACCUGUAUGCGACCAGGUUUUCUACAUGUAGUAGUAUAUUAAGUCCCUGUGGAAGUGUAUUGGUUAGUAGCAGUAGAUGAUGGGGGUAAAUUUUAUACCCCAAAACCCCCCAUUUCCUGUUAUUAAUAUAUUUAUAAGCAUUAUUUGAUUCCAACAUCACUGUGCGGUAUCCAAACUGCGCACAUACUAUGCAUGCAGUUUGAAACCCUGACAAACUGCGCGCAUAUUUAAAAAUGGCAGAUGGAGAGGACACAACUCUCAUAAGGAUGAAAAGUACUGGAAAUACAAGGUUAAUUUUGUUUAUCAGACAUUACCAUUAUGUGGAGACUAGCUUACUUUACAAGUAGCACUUGAUUUUUUUUCCUAGUUAUCUCAAUAUAAGGUUCCUAAUGAGCUUUCAUGUUCAAAAUAUACAGUGUUGCGUCAUAAUGUCUAUUUGUCGUAAUUUGAAGUUUAUUCAGCCCUUGUGUUUUCAUAUACUGAAAGAUACAGGAUUGCUGCAUAAAGUUUAAGUAAUAUAGUAUUUUCUAUUUGUGUGAAAAGUGUGACAU